AUGGAUGCGUUGGGGAAUUUAGACUCUUUCAUCGCUGGCUGCGACGCCACGAAGAUGGGCGCGUUUCUCGAACUCGUGCAGCGGCGGUUUUCAGAAGCUCAGUUGCAAAAGCAAAAGAAAGUGGAGAGUGCAGUUUCGAACAUGCACAAGCAGCUGCUGGAGGCGGCUGCAGCGAAGAAGCAGCAGCUGCAGCAGCAGAUCGGCAGCUCGCUGGCUGCGCUGAGCAGCAAAAGAGACGCAGCAGCAGCAGAACUGACGCAGAGUUUGGAAGCAGCAAGAGCCAAGAAGCAGCAGCUGCUGCUGUCUUUCCAAGAACAAGAACAGGCGUGUCAGGUGGGCCGCCGCGGACUUGGAAUUUUUUCCAAGUCCCCAACUUGA